GCAUAGACAUCUCCCACAGCCGGUUGUGGCCUCCGGCGAGCUCACACAUCUAUUAUGCUGUGGACUGCACCUAUCUGGUCCCUCCUGACGGGUGGUGUCCUCGGACACAACCAGCACGUCUUCACCCUUGCCAGUACCGGGGCGGAUGCAUCUCCCAUCAUCCCUGGUGCUAAUCUCGCCACGGCAGCCAACCUGUCCGCGGUGAAUGCGGACGCAUAUAGCUUGUUGAUGCACCCGAGCUUCCCCGGCCAUCGAAUGAGAAUCAAAAAGAGCGCAUUCUGUGAUCCGACUGUAAACGCAUACACUGGGUAUCUAGACGUUGAUUACGGCGCAAAGCACAUGUUCUUCUACUUCUUCGAGAGUCGAAGAGAUCCUACCAAAGAUGACGUGAUGAUGUGGAUUAACGGAGGUCCUGGAUGUUCGUCUGCCAGCGGUUUGCUCAUGGAACUAGGACCAUGUAGCCUCGACCUAGAGGAAAUUUCAUCAAACGGAACGGUCUGGAACCCAUAUUCUUGGAACACCGAGGCGAAUGUCUUCUUUCUGGACCAGCCAGUGGGAGUGGGCUUCUCUUACGCUGACUACGAAGAGACGGUUGAAACCACCGAAGGCGCUGCGAAGAAUGUACAUGCUUUCAUUUCGCUUUUCUUCGACACGUUCCCCGAGUUUGUCGGACGUCGGCUCCAUCUCUCCGGCGAAUCCUAUGCUGGGCGCUAUCUGCCGGCAUUUGCUAGUUACAUCGUGGAUCAGAACGAGCUUGCUGUGGCACAAGGAAGGAGACCGGCGAACUUGACGAGUGUGAUUAUUGGAAAUGGAAUCACCGACAUAUCAACGCUUUAUCCGGGCCGCUAUGAAGUUGAAUGCGGCACUGCUGCUCUUGAAGUUCCUUUCCAGAAAAUCAGCACUUGUGUGCGCAUGAAAAUAGCGCUCCCUCGAUGCCAGGAUGCAAUCAAGCGGAACUGCGUGGAGCAGCUCGAUAUGAUGAAUUGUGACGCAGCAUUCAGUUUCUGUGAUGCCGAGCUGAGCACAGCGUAUUGGGAAAGCGGUCGAAAUGUAUAUGACAUCUCAACGACGUGCGAGGAGAACGUAAUGUGCUCAAAGAAGAACACGCUUAUAAAGGAAUACCUCGACCGGCCUGACAUCCGCCAGCUGCUCGGCGUUGAUCCAUUGUUCAACUUCACUGUGUGCAGCCACGACGUCGGGCUCGGCUUCCACUCUCACUCGGACAUGCGGCGCGUUCCUUCACAGCAUCAUGUCGCGGCGCUCCUCGAGCGCAGCAUACGUGUGCUGAUCUACGCAGGGACGUACGACUGGCAGUGCAACUGGGUAGCUAACAAGCUAUGGGUCGACAACCUUGACUGGACUGGCAAGGCUGCAUACGCUGUCGCAGAAUGGCAUGACUGGCAUGUCGACGGGAAGAAGGCUGGUGAGACGAAAUCAGCCGGGCUACUGAGAUUCGUAACCGUGCGCGGCGCAGGGCAUAUGGUUCCUCAUGAUAAACCCGCAGAAUCACAGGCUAUGGUAUCAAGAUGGCUGGCGCACCAAGAAUUGUGAUCUAACCGUACAUGAUGCUAAGCUAUCCAUGCAUUGCAUGGCGAUUCAUGUUUGGGUCGUCCGCAUAUAUCAGACUUGUCCCAAGCCCGAUCUCGCGCUAAUCUCAUCAUGGGUUAGUCCGCAUCAAACGUACUGCUACAUUGUUGUACAUCAUAAGUAUGAAUAAAUCAAGUGCUCUCGUCGUCCUUCUUC